AUGAAUCUGCUGCCCGUCUCAUUGCAAGCUCCCAUGGGCCCCUUUCGGCAUUUUCGACGCUCGGUCAGCCUGGGGAGCCUGGGCGCGAUGAAGGACGACGGCCUGUCUCCCAUGCUGCCCGCUCAGCCGGCCACCGCCUCCACAGCAGCCAGCAGUGACUACGAGACGGCAUCUGAGGAUGAUGUGCGGGACGACGUAUCACAAGCGACGAUCACAUCGACCUUGGCAUGGGAUGCGCGGACACUUGUGACAGAAGAGUGCAAGCAGCAGUCCGCCUCGGGCAUCAAUUGGAAAGUGGCCCAGCAAGGUCUGGGUUUGCUCACGAUUGCCGCGGAUGCCAGUAAAGACGGCAACGAUGCCACCUUUGAGAGGAAGGCCUACGUAGACAGCCUCACCUACCUGUUGCGCAGCCUGCCAGCAGACCUGGACAUGAGCGGGGCAGAUCAGAUCUGGUCGGCGGCUCCCGUUCAUCCUCUACCUCGGGAGCUAGCAUUGAGCAGGCCAGGUCGGUCUGGAACCAUGACACCUGCUGCGAGCUCGGGGCAAGCAAAAUCGAUUGUGCACAGACUGGUGCAAGUGGCGGUCCUCAAUUUCUUUCUCCUCAUGCGCUUCUUGCUGCCCUACUUGGUUGUCAUUCUCAAGUCAGCGGCGGGCGUCGAGCGCAGAUACAAGAUCUCGGAGAGAAUCAUUGGGCAUAGCAUGGACUGCUUCAAUGCUGCUGGGCGACAGUUUGGUCGAGUGGCCGAGAUCGCACUGAGCAGCAACGAGGGGAAGCUGGGAGAAGGCGUCCCGGGCACGUUUGCGUGGGCUGUGGACGAGGUCACGCGAGGCAUCUCGGACGGGAUAGGAGAAGGCAUAAUGGUGGCGAGAUUGCAAGACUCUGUCUCGAGGGAGGAAGAUACUAAUAUGAGGCGAGAGAAAGAUACAAAGUAG